AUGGGCGCGCUGCCCCCGUGCCUCCUCUGUCGGUCCCGCUGGGCCCAACGCGCCCAUCUCUGGGCCACACCGCUGCCGGGAAACGUCCGAAAAGGCCCCGAACUGUGUCAGCCCUUAAGCGCGGAGCGGUGCAGGUACGGAGCGCAGCGCCGCAGCGUCUCCUGUUGCUCUCACGCCGCGAGUUCCGGGAGCAGCGCGUCCAACACGGUCCCAACCGAAGGCCCCGUGCAGCACAGCGGCAAAUCCCAUGGUCUGCCCAGGGGUCACAGCAACGCGCCCUCCGCACCUGGAGGGCCGACACGGGACGCGCCGCCGGGACGGGAGGGACCGCGCUCAGAAGGGACUGAAAAAGAAAGAAUCAUCUGCAAACCUGUUGGGCAGCGCGGUAUAGCACGGCACGGCACGGAACGGCACAGCGCUGCUGCACCGCACAGGGAUCCCCAGCACCCCCCAGAGUUACUUCCAGCGGGUGAAGCACACGGCGCGCCCGAUGCCGCGUGCUCGCGAUCUUCUCUUCCUUCCCUACAGAGCGCGGAGCGUCGUUCAAAGCGGAGAUCUUUGCACGACGGGGCGGCGCGAGGCGGAGGUGCGCGGAGGUGCGCGGUGCGGCUUCGGGGCGGAGCGCUCCGCGUGCGGGCAGCGCUGGGGACGGAGCGGCGCCGGAGCCCUUCCGAGGGAGUCCCGCACGGCGGCUCUACGCGCGGGGGGCGGCAGAGCCCGAAGCAUCGGCCGCGGUGCCGCGGGGAGCCCGGCCGGGCCGUUCGGGCAUCAUCGGGAGGCGAACGGAUCCCGCGGGGGAGCUCCUCCGGGGCAGCGCCUGCGGGAGCGGAGGGCGGAGGAGCGCCGCGGCCGUCGGAGCUGCCCGGCGGGGCUGCGGGCUGCUACCUGCUGACACAAAGUGAGGGUGGAGCGGAGCCGAGCGCCCGCCCCGCCCCGCCCGGCCCGGCCCCGCUCCCGGGCGCCCCCUCCCGCCGCUCCGCGGGGUCCGGGCUGAGCGCCGCUCCGCACCGCCGCGGUUCCCCCGGGCCCUCCGUCGGCUCUGCCCUUCGGCCGCGGCCCUCCCGCUCGCUGCCGUCCGGGAGCCCUCGUCCAGCUGCCGCUGCUGCGGAGGGUUCGGGUCGGGCUGAUGUCAGAGGUCUGGAAUUCAGCUGUUAUUCGGCUCUGACAUCGCUGAGAGAUUGCUGCAGCCACGCUGUUUGAGCAGGACUAUAGAAGAGCAUCCUCGCAUUAACUUACAGUGCCAAGUCUUCUGGGGGCAAACAGGAGUCAGAAAGGUAAGCUGAGAAGUUCCCUUUGUGCUGUGUGUGAAUUAAAGAGGUAGCAGCUGCAGUCUGAAGUCCUUUGAACUCCAUCUCCUUACACCCUGAAUCCAUGAGGAAAGUGAUGGAAUCCAUUUGGGAAGCGGGACUUGGAUGUAUCCACCUCACCCUUCACUAUUCACACCAACUGGAGCUGUACUGCACAUAUGUAAUAUAAGAUACAGGAGAACAAAUCUGAGGACAACGAGCAUGGAAACGUUCCCGCCAGCCUUGACCUAAAAGCAUCCUCAGAUUCUAUUUGGAUGGCUGGAGAAUAAUUAAAGGCUUUGCCUCGGCUCAUCCCACCACUCAGCACUCACUGGGGACAUCCUGCCCACGGUCGGAGGCUGCAUGAGGUCCUGCAGGGUAUAGCUGGGGUGGUCUUGGCCGCUUCUCUCUGCUUCUCUCGUGUGUGUUUUGUUCAGGACUGGCUCUAAUUAAUUCUUAAAGAAUACGAACAUGGAUGAACCAGCUGAAUUUAUGUUCUAAGCACUCUUUCAUGUAUAUUUCCCUGACAAUAUAAAUACAGUCUGUGCCCCCUUUAUCCUUCAAACGGUAUUUUAACAUAAAUACAAACACGCAGCUAUUCCAAACUUAAAAUCUACUAUCAAUAUAAAUACACUCAUAUUUAAUAAGAAUGUAUCUAAGACCUGUUAAAGUCCUAAAGCAACACAUAACUUACCAUUGCAGGGAGCAUAAGAACCAAAAAGAAUUUACUAAAACAGAAGACUUCUCCAUCAGUGUAAGAGAUGAGCAGCUGUUGUAUGUAAUGGAUACCCACUGGAAGGGACACACUGCCGAACAGAGCGCUGCUUUAGGAAGGAAGAGCAUUUCCUGGGUAAUCACUCAGAAAAUUAGCUCAUCUUAACUACAGCAGCUCUCCUGAACCCCUGACCCAUUCAGACCUGGAAUCUUGUGACUUCCCUGCGCUUUUGUUUCAUACACAAUUCCCAUUACAGGGUCACAGUGUGACUUCAAGCAAAGAUGGUGAGAGCACCGAACGGCGCAGGGUGUGCUGUGGCUUCCAGCAAUGUCCAACAGAAAGAUUCUGAGCACAGCACUAAAAACAACUUGUUUCCCAGCGAGAAAGGUUCAGACGAAGCUCUCAAGGUUGUUCCAGUUUACAGGGAGUUCAGACUUUCCACGUCUGAGAAGAUGAGCAGCUAAUCAUUACCUCAUAUAAAAAGUUCUGACCACUAGAUGCUUUGUAACUUGUCAGCUAGAAAACGUCGUGAGAGAGGUGUAAAAAAACCACGGGGUGACCAAUAUCCCAGAGUGAAAGUUGUUAAAAAACAGUGCCUUUUUUGUCGGUGUUGGCUUUUUUCAACAGCUGAAACGAUCCAAAGCGCUGUUGUGUGCACUGCACUGCCUGAGUCUGACAAGAGAACCCAGCUGGCAGCUGCUGCACGUUUUCACAUACUUGUCACCCACUUCUCACUCUCUUAUUUCUUCCUUUGGAAAGUGCUCCUGCUUGCAGGCUACAUCCACCAGCAGAUGGAGAUCUAGGAAGAAAAGGAAAUAAUGAGUAAAUAUCAGUCUGCGUGUUUUGCUCAGCGUCAUACGUAGGGAUUGUAAUUCUAGCAGGUAAUGUGGAACGUGGCCUGAGAGGCUGCAACCACAGCAUUUGAGGUCUAUAGGAACAGGAAUUGUUCUCAUCUUGCAAAACUUUAAGUGUAAAACAAACAAAGAGAAAAAUGAAAGUGGUUUACGUGCCCAUUCAUGCCAUGGCAAAAUGGAAACAUUUCCAAUGUACAGCCAAACCAAAGACAAAACUCAUCACCUUACAGCUCAAGGAAGUGAACACCAGCAUGAAGUCACAACAGGACCACUACCCUUGUGAACUUCAAUCUCAUAACAGAUGCAUUCACAUCUUAGGAAAAGAAUUCCAGCCCUGUUGUUCUUAUGUGCUAUGAAGAACCUGUGGGAAAGGCAGCAGCUCUGUGCUUCCUCCAAAGCAGGCUGCUGAGAACAAAGCCUGAAGAGCCACGUGGAUGGAGAAGUGAGGCAGCUGGUAACAACACAACUCCAAAUCACUUAAGAAACAACAUCUAAGAACCACUCAUCCAAAACAGCAGACUGACAGCACAGGGGAUGUGAGAGUCCUUCACUGAAUAGAUAAUGAAACCAAAGUAGUGGCAGCUGAGCUGGAGCAAGAAGCUGCAGUUCAGACUCCUGAGAGCACCUUCACUUCAUCCUGCUCCAGCCCAGGAUAUGCUGCAGUGCCCCUGGGCCAGGCCUGGCCCUGCACAAACUCCUAACACCUCUGUGUGGGAUUUCACCUUGUCUUACUAGGAGUGCUGGAUGAGUGGUAAGAUUAUUUUUCUCUGGAAGGUGCAGGAAAUCAUUCAGAUGAACACGUGAUAGCAUGGGAGACCUUUGCUGAAUGAUGAUUUGCCCUUAGCAACCGCACUUAUAAAUCUAUCUGCAGUGCGUAAGAGGGAAUGCAUAAUGGCACAGCUGUAGUGGCAAGGCUGGUGGUAAAUGUCUAGGGCACCUUGCAGCACAACAGUGAUGGAGUCAUCAGAGCCAGUGUUAUCUCAGUGUUAUGUCUGUGCUCCUGUGCAAGAAAAAAAAAGGAGGAGGUUGCCAGACUAUAUGAAGAACAGGAUCAGAUAACUCAGCAAUAAUAAUAAUUAUUAUAGUAAUAAAAAUAGCCAUAGAGGAAGAGAGCUUUUCCCUAAAUGCAUCAGAAUGCUUCAAUUCAGAAGCAACCCCACCUGCUCCGUUCUGAGACCACUAUUUCCAGAAAAAAAGGCUGCAAACAAAAACCUCUCUAGUGAGAAUCUGAGCCUUCUCAUGUGCUCUCUUAGAAGAGGAAGCACAAAGCACAGACACUAGCUCCACUACAGGGUCACUAGAUGAGCCUAACUGUGGAGUGCAACGCAUAGAAAAUAGGAGGGGACGCAGUUUCUAUCAGUCUCUGUCAGUCAUUUGUGAAGGCCAGAAGGACACCUGUUGCAGGUAUAGAUGCUGCAGACAAAUUUAUUCCAAGCUGAGCUGACAAACCUAUCCCAAAACCCAGAUUGUAUAGAUGAGCCGAACUAGCAAGCAGUCAAUACAAGGAGACCCACCAUCAGCACCUUUAUAGCCAUGUGCUAAGAGCAAGCCAGGGGGCUGAAAAAUGUGGUCCCUGAAAGGUGUGAACCACACCAACACUCAAGAAAGAGUAGGAAGGGAACAGCUGACACAGCCCAUUCAGGUGAUGUAUGUGCUGUAGCUUCUGACUCUCUGAAGGAGAGCUCAAAAGCAGUUCUGCUCUUAACAAAGGAGAUGAGGUCCUGCUGUUAGAUUUCGAGGUGCAAAGACAAUUAGCAUAUGAGAGUAAGGAUAUGCUUGAAACAUGUAAACAAAUAUUUUGAAACAAAAAAAGAACAGGGUACUUCAACCACUAUGUAAUUACCCUGUGUUAACUACCUUCACUUUCAAAGAACACUAAAGCUUGCAUGGCUUUGAGAAGUGACUAGAGAAUUUGAUGGAAGAAAAGUUCACUGAGGUCUUUUUUUACUUAAUAGCACAAAAAUACUAAAUAUGUUUUUGGAGACAGGACACUGGACAAGAGACACUCUUCAUCUUCACCCCUGUUUGACAGACAUUCCUACUCCACUACGUUGGCUCCCACCAUGUGAUACCUUGAACUUGGUGUCACCACACAGCAAAGACAAGGGAACAGUGUCACAAACCUACUGAAACAGAUGGAACAAGAGUCUGUUCUGUAUGUUCUGUACCUGCCAGCCCUUAAAUGAGGUAGGGAGGGGUGGCCCACCUGUGCUCCCAGGGCUGGCUGUGCCCCUUCCCCAGGUCCUCAACCACUGGUUCAGGCCAUGACCUCACAGCUCCCAUACAGACAUGUUGUGAAGAAACAGUUGGGAAUGGUCACUGCACCCAAUUUUAGCUUAGAAAGGUUAAGGAAGAGGAUGAAUCCAAAGACGCACAGAAGAAAGGAGGUACAGACAGACAAAUGCAGAAGCUAACAGAAGUCAGCUCACACUUAAACACAUCUCCUCCAGGCUUGCAAUUGGACUGCAGGAGAUGGGCACCGCAAAGCACUUCAGAGCCAUUAUCAUGUGCCCUAUUUAUUUUGGGACAACUUGACCCUGAUCAUGCUUGGUUCACGUGUGCUGUCUCUAUCCUCUAACCUACCAACCCUAAAAGGUACAACAGUGGACAUGCACACCCGGAUGACUGUUAAGUUUCCCAGAGUGCUACUAUGCUAAUCAUUGCUAAUUAUCCAAUUAGGAUAGCAGUGUUUCAUUUCUGUAGAACAAUCCCACAGAAAUGCUUUCCAAAACGCUUUGCAAAAUGUUGCUGCAACUUCACAACUGUUAAGUAAAUUUGUUCUUCUUAAUCUUUGUAAUAAAGUAUAGUAUAUAAGUACAA